AUGGCAACAUCGCAGGCGGAUAUAACGCAGCAUCGACACGUCACGCCACCCUCAAGGUCUACGAACCAGCCUCUGACGCCUCCGCUGACCGACAAGAAGCCAUUCACGGAGGCGCCUCGCGUUAUCGCGCAGUUUAGACAAAUCCAAGCGGGAAGGGACACUGGGCGAGAGCCGUGGAAAGAAUUUGAGCUUGCACAAGGAGAGUACGACCAGAUAGAGAUGACGCUCCAGCAAGACGAUGUGCUUUCGGGAUACGUGGAAGACAAGAUACGGUAUGACUACGACGGAGACAAGUGCACAUUAGUUGUUUGCAUGCCCACUGAAAUACACGAACGCUUCAUCGACGCAGUGGAGGAUGACAUUCGGAGCCAACUGAAAGCAAUACGUAGCGGAUCAGACAGGAAGGCUCGAUUCGCGCAGAAAGUGCAACCAGCACGAUCGACUGAAAUACGUUUCGCUGCUAGUGCUUCAUCGAGCAAAUCGAAGUACGAGCCAGACGCGUCAUUCGGGCAUGACGAUGCGCAAUAUCCGGGCGUCAUUCUUGAAGUCGCGUACUCACAGAAGAAAACGCGCCUACGCCGGUUAGCCGAGAACUAUCUACUAGAUUCAGACGCCAGCGUACGGGUUGUUGUUGGCCUAGACAUUGAGUACGGCAAGGACUCACGCAAAGCAACGUUAUCGAUUUGGCGACCCCAGUUGUUCAGGACUGCGAGUGGGUAUGAAUUACGAGCUGUGGAAGAGGCCGUUGAUGAGGCUUUCCGUGACGAUGAAGGACACCCUGUUGAACACCCUGGCCUACGGCUCCGCCUGAGCGAUUUUACCUGCAAAGAACUUGCGGAGGAGGAACUGGGAGAUGAGGAUGCAGAAAUUUGCAUAUCUGGGAUACAGCUCUGCCGAUAUGUUGAUGCGGCAGAGAGCAAAGUACGGCGAGCACUGCGCAAAGAAUCCUUGGCUGACAACGUUAACAAGCGGAAACGGUCGGAAACACCUCCUGAAGAGAUCCAGUCAAGCGAUGACGCUAGGUACGCUAAGCAAGAGGAGAGAGCAGCGAAGCGCACUGCGGAUCAUGACAUUGAUUAUGAAUACAUCAUCAACCAAGAGCCUCUCAGAGUAACAUUAGAUCACUUAUUUCCAUCAAGCAAAUGCCUUUACGAUUCUCGUGUCGCGUUAUAA